AUGCGCGCCAAUCUCCUCCCCCUGCUGCCACUCGCAGCCAGCGUGCUGGCCAGCCCGCAGCCUCAUGCCCGAAGACAGCUCCCCAAAGACCCCACCGGCGUCAAGACCAUCACGACCGCCAACAACGUCACGAUCCGCUACAAGGAGCCCGGCAAGGAGGGCGUGUGCGAGACCACCCCCGGCGUCAAGUCGUACUCAGGCUACGUCGAUCUGUCGCCGACGUCGCACACCUUCUUCUGGUUCUUCGAGGCGCGCCAUGAUCCGCACAACGCGCCCAUCACGCUGUGGCUGAACGGCGGGCCGGGGAGUGAUUCGCUGAUUGGGUUGUUUGAGGAGCUCGGGCCCUGCCAGAUCAACUCCAGCAUCGAGGAUUACAUCAACCCGUACUCGUGGAACGAGGUGUCGAACCUGCUGUUCAUCUCGCAGCCGCUGGGUGUGGGAUUCUCCUACAGCGAGACGGAGGACGGCUCGCUGAACCCGCUCACGGGCGUGGUGGAGAACGCUUCGUUUGCGGGCGUGCAGGGCCGCUACCCGGCUAUCGAUGCGACGCUCAUCGAUACCACCGAGCUCGCGGCGCAGGCCACCUGGGAGAUCCUGCAGGGCUUCCUCGGCGGACUGCCGAAGCUGGACAGCCGGAUCAAGUCGAAGGAUUUUAGUCUGUGGACUGAGAGUUACGGAGGCCACUAUGGCCCCGCAUUCUUCAACUACUUCUACGAGCAGAACCAGAAGAUCGCCGACGGGAGCGUCGAGGGUAUCCACCUCGACUUCAACUCGCUGGGCAUUAUCAACGGCAUCAUCGACGAGGCCAUCCAGGCGCCGCACUACCCGGAGUUUGCGGUCAACAACACCUACGGCAUCAAGGCGGUCAACGACACCGUCUACAACUACAUGAAAUUCGCCAACUCCAUGCCCAACGGCUGCCAGGACCAGGUUGCGCUCUGCAAGGCGACCAACCGGACCUCGCUGGCGGACUAUGCUAUCUGCGCCGAGGCGACGAACAUGUGUCGCGACAAUGUUGAGGGCCCGUACUACAGCUUCGGCGGACGCGGCGUCUACGACAUCCGGCAUCCAUACGACGACCCCACCCCACCCAGCUACUACAACGACUUCCUCCAAAAAGACUCGGUCAUGAACGCCAUCGGCGUCAACAUCAAUUACACCCAAUCCAACAACGACGUCUACUACGCCUUCCAACAAACCGGCGACUUCGUCUGGCCGAACUUCAUCUCCGACCUGGAGAGCAUCCUCGCGCUGCCCGUCCGCGUCUCGCUCAUCUACGGCGACGCCGACUACAUCUGCAACUGGUUCGGCGGCGAGGCCGUCUCGCUGGCGGCGAACUUCUCGCACGCGGCGCAGUUCCGCGCCGCCGGGUACGCGCCGCUGCUCGUCGACGGCGUCGAGUACGGCGAGACGCGCGAGUUUGGGAAUUUCUCGUUUACGCGCGUGUAUGAGGCGGGCCAUGAGGUACCGUAUUACCAGCCCAUUGCGUCGUUGCAGUUGUUUAAUCGGACGCUCUUUGGGUGGGAUAUUGCCAAGGGCGAGGAGAAGAUUGGGCCUGGGUAUAAGACUGGUGGGGAGGCGAGGGCGACUCAUACCGAGAGUUUUGUGCCGUUGCCCACUCCGACCCCUAGUAAGGGGCUGUUUUAG